CGUGUUAAGCGGUGACUAGUGAACAACCUUUUCUUCUUCAUUUGAUUCCUUUCGUCCUCGAUGAGAAAAGCUCUCUCUGUGAUGUUCAUCGCUUUCUCAUUGUUUAUAACCUCUGCAUUUCCCGUGAACACUCUCUCUAAGCAACUUGGCUUGGUUUGCUAGAAAAUUCUACAAACUGGGAAUUGAAAAGUUUCAUUAGCUGUAAAGUGUACGACUUUCGAUACUAACCUCUCUCUCUAUAUCGGUUUUGGAAAUAGCAAGUUUUGUACUUUCAGUGUUAGAUCUGUAAAAGCAUAAGCUUUGUUGAUUGUGUGAGCGUCAAGAGUCAAUGUCGGAUCCACCUCGAUUCCGAUCGGUUCUUGGUCAAACCGGGAACAAGCUGGGGAGUAAACCGCCGGGGAUGAAACUAGAGAAGAAGAAGAAGAAGACCAACGAGUCAAAAGAUGAGAAAACGAAGAAACCAGAUACUCCAGCUUCACCAACGACGACUCUGAAGCAAUGCUCUUCGAUUCUGAGACGGAACAGUGCUUCCAUGACUGCUUCUUAUUCCUCUGAUGCCUCUUCUUCGUGCGAGUCGUUGCCUUUGAGCGUGGCGUCUUCUUCGAGUUGUAAGAGGCCUGUGAGGCGAAGUGGGUCUGUCUCCUCCGCCUCUGGUACAUUGAGAAGGAAGCAGGUUGAUGAGAAAGAAGACAAGGUUGCUGCUGGUGGUGGUGGUGCUGCUAGUAACGGUGAUUGCUUCGUUGACGGUCGAAAAAGAUGUGCUUGGAUCACUCCUAAAUCUGACCCGUCUUAUGUUGCUUUCCACGACGAAGAAUGGGGAGUUCCUGUUCAGGACGACAAGAAGCUUUUCGAGUUGCUAUGUCUCUCUGGUGCUCUAUCUGAGCUCUCUUGGACCGACAUUCUCUCCAGAAGGCAACUACUCAGGGAAGUGUUCAUGGACUUCGAUCCAGUUACUGUUUCAGAACUGAACGAGAAGAAGGUAGCCGCCGCUGCCGUUUCCUUACUAUCAGAGGUCAAGAUACGUUCAAUCCUCGAUAACUCACGCUAUGUGCGCAAGAUUAUAGCUGAACAUGGAUCAUUUAAGAAGUACAUGUACAACUUUGUGAACAACAAGCCAACACUGAGCCAGUUCAGGUAUGGACGUCAAGUCCCUGUGAAGACAUCAAAGGCUGAGUUUAUAAGCAAAGAUCUUGUACGCAGAGGCUUUCGCAGCGUCAGUCCAACGGUUGUUUACUCCUUCAUGCAAGCAGCUGGUCUUACAAACGACCAUCUCAUAGGCUGCUUCAGAUACCAAGACUGUUGUUGCGUAGAUGCAGAGACAGCAACAACCAAGGCCAAGAAGAAGAACGGAGAGUGAUAAAUAAAUUAAAUGUUUUUGAGUUCCAUGUUGUUUGCUUUCAGAGAUGAUGUGACACAACCAGAUUUUGCUACCGUACGGUGAAGUGUUCCUUUUUGCCUUUGAGGUUGUAUAGAUGUGUUUUGGGUUA